AUGGAGCCAGCACCCGAGGAGGCCGGACCGGCAUCUGAGCCACACCCCUCCUCCCCACACCCAGAUACCCAGCCCUUCCCCGCACUCGAUACCAUCCAUGCCAAUCCUACCGCGACAAACACCCACAGCCAAAAUGGCCCGCCCCAGAGCUCCGCAUCCUCCACCUCCACAACAUCCCGCCCCAUCUCCGCCGUAGUACCCCCCUACUGGCGUCGACACGAGCGCAAUGCCUCGCACGCCUCGCAGUCGUCGCUGCAUGGCGCUGCGCGCAUAACCCUUGAAGACCAUACCGCUGACCCGAACUCGGAGACGAGUCGAGGGCUCUGGGCGAGUAGCGUUGCUAUUGAUGAUCAUGUUGUUGUGCGCGGUAUGACUGGGGUUGGGUCGUAUGUUGUGUGGAAUUGUACGGUUCAGACGCUUGAUGUGAGUUUUGGAUGA